UAGGGCAGACCCUCCGCCUGCCCGAUAUCCCACCACUCGCUCCGCCGCUCGCCCGACGCCAGUGUAAACAAGGCAGCACGCACAGCUGCUGCGUCGGCGGCCUGCGACUCCGGUCGCCUCGCCAGCGUCUCGCGUCUACUCCGUCCUCCCCUCAAACAACGCCCGGUGUCCUGUCGUCUUCGAACACCAUCGGCGACGCCGAGGGUCCCGUGGCUGAGCCGUCCAGCGUCGCCGGACGGCUAGCUGGGCCGGCGAUGUUGGCUGCGGUACGUCGGCAUGAACGCCGAUCCCUGCCUGCUGCCCGAAGUUCACAUUUCGAAUGGCGGUGUGGCCGAGGCGUCCUCGGUCGCCGCAGCGGAGCUCAUCGAACUGGUGCCCGACGAGCCCGGCAGAUCAGAGGGACCCAUCUGCAAGAUCUGCCACAUGGUGUCCAAGGACGCCGAUCCUCUCAUCUCGCCGUGCCGUUGCUCGGGAACCAUGCAGUACAUCCACUGCGGCUGCCUCAUGCGCUGGCUGGAGAUCCUGAACAAGAAGUCCCGUAAGCCGCCCAGCUGCGAGCUCUGCCAGUACCAGUACCAGUGGCACAAGAAGUUCCGCGCCGGAUCGUGGAAGCUGCCGCCAUGCUCGACACGCGACAAGCUGCUGCACUGCCUCUUCCUGCUGGCCGUGGGCGUCAUGGUGGCGUGCGCCACCGUCACCAUCGUCUGCUUCAAGCAGGACGGCGCCGCCCGCAUGGCGCGCAGCGAACUCAGCGACUCUGAGCUGGUCACCCUCGUGUGUGGGGUGCUCUUCUUCCUCGCCUUCUUCGUGGCCAUGUACGUCGAGGUGACGGCACGAAGCACCCUCUACCGGCUGCUCCUCAAGUUCAUCUACUUGAACCAGCAGUGGUACAUUGACGAGUAUGACGCCAAGAGGGGGCCCGUUGCUGUCUAGAAUCUCAGGGCGGCGUUGACCGCCACCGCCCAGACUUAAGAAUGAAGCCCGGCCCCAUCCGCCGGGCAAUGCUGCCAUUAUGGGGCGGAACAAAGAUCUUGCUUUGCCUCGUUUC